AUGUCUAAGCAAGAAUUUAACGCACAAUUUUGGUCGAAGAUACAAACAAAAGUCCGCAAAGAUCUUAACGAAGGGAUGGAGCAAGGCAAAUACCUCAGCUUUAACUAUCCUGUCAUAAACUUCACAGAGAAGGAUAAGUUCCCUUCAAUGUGGGGAAUCUUGUACAACGAAAUCUACAAUAAUGAGAAAUUAUCACCUAAAAAAAUGAUGCAGAAAUACAAGCAAUAUCAAGCAUUUGAGUUUGAAAUCAAUGAGAACCUCUCACAAGGCAAAUAAACUUCCCAGAAGGAUGAGCAAGAAGCAUGCUUCUAAUAACUUUCAAAGCCGCAGAUCGAUUUCUUUUGCUACCAGAAUAAGUAAGAAGAAAUAAAAAUACAAAUAAAAGCAAAAGGCUCAAGCCAGAUCUUAAAAAAUCAAAUUAUUCUACCGAUUCACGAAAUCCUAGUCACAAGAAUGUAGCCUGAAUCCAGGACGAUAGCAUUGUUAAAGAAGACAUGAGAGCCGGAUCUCCCAUGAUCAACUCAUUAGAUAAAAAGAGGAAAAGGCUCGAAUCGCACAUGCCAAAUAAGAUGGACUCAAUCAACUCUGAAGACUCCCAGCCUACACCUAUCGAUGAAGUCGAAGAUACCUCCAUACUGAAUCUAGAACUAUCAAAAGUUCAGAGAACAAGUUUACCCAAAAAUAAGGGAUUCACCAGGAAAAAUAGUUUGGUCAAAAGAAAAAUGCACCUUCCUAGAACCAAGAAAAAUCUAGAAUUUAAGCAGAUUAAUUCAACUCAGCAUCAUUUUAGACCUCAUUCAAGAGAUAAUGAUAAUAAAUCCUUGAAGAUUUUCCGUGGGAAAGAAUUGGCUAGGAUAAAUAAAAUGAGAGAUUUCAACAUCCGAAGAGGAACUAUCUCCUUCAAAAGCCAGCAACAUAAUCACAGAUCUUUAGACUCCCGCUAUAGGACGCUCACUCAGGAUACUAUAUAUGAUUCAUUUAUUAAAGAUACAAACUGAAAACUCAUCCAACUGAAGCAGCGCCAUCUAGCACAACCAGUAGCGUUGAAACAAAAGUUCUUAGAAACACAUUCGUCUCAUUUCAGUAAAGAAAUAUCCAAAAUCUUCACUCUGAAGGAUUCCACGCCAGUCGAAAGAAGGCCUCUGACAAAACUUCGUGGAAAGUCAAAAUAAUUUUUCAAAAUUAGAACAAUUUGAUAUAAAAGACCUCCUCCAAAAAGGAUCAAUACCAAUUUCCCAAAAGCACAAAUCCCUCGGCAUAAAGCCAUGGCUAGCUGACUCCACCAACAAACUGACCUAUUUCACCACCAAGCACCAAGUAAGCCCUGGCCCAUAAUCCUCAGCCAAAAUCCCACUCA